CUCAAAUUGCCUUCUGAUAUAAUUUUUAAAAUAAUUUAUUUGACCAAUUUCAGAUUAUAAUCCUAGACAUCUAUUUUAAUAACGAUUCUGAAAUGGCAUCAUCUCAAGGAAUGUCACUUGCCUCAAAAUUUCAAGGAGCCAUCGUUGGUGCUGUGUUUGGAGAUUGUCUUGGUGCAAAAUUUGAGUACUUUUGGGGUCCAAUGCCUAAUAAACCUGUUGUCAAAUAUUAUGAAACUUUAAUAAACGAAGUAAGAUCACAAAAAGAUGGAGAAAAGGGAUUUGUUUUCUAUACUGAUGACACUUGCAUGACUUUCGACCUUGGUGAAUCACUCGUCAAGUGUAAAGAAUUCGUUCCACGCGAUGUCGCUAGAAACUUCGGAGAAACCUAUUUUGCUGCACCAUCACAAAGGUAUUAUGGGGCUAAUGUUGGCUUUAUUUUUCGGUCGACUAAAGUAAAUGAUUAUCGCAACCCCUUUAAUCCAGCAAAAGAACAAUUUAACGGAUCUGGUUCCUAUGGCAAUGGUUCGGCAAUGAGAGUAUCACCAGUGCCAUUGUUUCAUCAUAAAGACAAAGUCAAAAUUGCAGAAUUAGCCUCACAUCAGUCAAAGUUGACUCACACAAACCCGAAGGGAAUAAAUGGAGCAAUUUUGCAAGCUUUAGCUAUCGAGAAAGCUAUGACAACCGAAGGUAUUCGUGAUUCUGUCUCGUUCGCCAGAGAAUUGAUGACGGAUUUGGAAAACGUGACAACUACGAAAGAAGAAUUGGAUGUUUACGAUGAAAAAAUGAAAAUUGUCAUAAAGCUGAUCGAACAAAAAACUGAGGUGAAAGCGGAAGAUGUUAUUAAUGGGGGUAUCAAAACAGAUGUCACUGCACAUGAAGCCGUACCUGCUGCCAUUUUUUGUUUCCUUUACACCCUGAAUGAAAAAAACAUUCCAGAAUUAUCAAAAUUUAACGGACUUGUACGGGCUGUUAUCUACGCUGCGGCAAUAAGUUUGGAUUCUGACACUGUUGCAUCAAUGGCCGGGGCGAUCGCUGGAGCGUAUUACGGAAUUGAGAUGAUUCCACCUGAGUGGAUUGAAGCCUGCGAAGGGUCGGACAGAGCUCUGAAAUUAGCUGAUGACUUGUACAAGUUAAACAAAAACAAUAAAGAGGCUGUGUGAGACUUUUUAUAGGUUCAAUCACAGAAAUUUUUGUUAACGAGCAGAUGCAACAUUUCCUCAAAAGUAUUGUUUUCAGCAAUUGAAGUCCAACAGUAUAACCAAAAAUGCUUCUAUUACUGAAUACUGUAAAAAUAGAGAAUCAAUCAAACUGAUUAUCGACUUUCCUGCAAUUUUAGAUUAGGUCUUUAAUUAAAAAUUGACUUCAAUUUAUUCCCUGUUGACCUAAUUUGUAAUAUACAUUCAAUAUUUUAAAAAGUAUUAUUGUAGUAUUAAUGUAUUCGGAAUCAAUUUGACCUGCCCUGAGCCCUAUGUUUAUAUACCAAGCAGUAUAUUAUGUUUUUUAGUUUUAUGUUUUAACCCUUUUUUACAAAUAAAUUUAACUAUUUAUUUUAUCCAAGUCAUGUAUGAUAUGAGAGCAGAGAAUUAAUGGCUUGCAUCUCAAUAUGUACCAUUUCAUUUCCACUUGAGGCACAUUAUCGCAAAAUAAUACGAUUGGUGAAAAUCAAACGUGCUGAUGGCAGACCAAGUGGCCCUCCAAAUAGUGAUGUAGACAUAGACCUUAACAUGCCAUGCCCUAUGAGGGGAAGCCAUUUAAAGUUCACUCUAUCACCGAGACCUAGAUUCGUAAAGAGGUCUAUAAUCAGGACCUACUUUGGGACAAAUUAAAUUGGGACUUCAUGAGGUUUUUUCUGUUUUAUUUAUAUCAGGAAACACAAUUUAAAUUGAAUGUUUCAAACUCAUUUACCUAUACCACCCACAAUUUGCGGUAAAUCAGAUUGUGAAAUGUUCAAUUUAAUGUGAAUUGAUCUCUGGCAUAUAAGUAAAGGGCUUUUAUUGAAAUUUGUAAGCUUAUAUAUUAUUGGUGAAGCACAGCCAUUUUUGUCAAUUUGAGACGCAAAAUAUAUAGAUGUUAUAUAGCAAUGACUUAAGACCAAUGGUUCUCCACGGACUCGCA